UGUACUACUUAAGGGCCAGUUCCCUCUAACCACUCGUCAUGAUAAUACAGGUACAUUAUCACCCGGCAUGAUCGGUGCAUCAGCAGCUCAGCGUCAAUGGAUCGGGCUGUCGCUUUCCGGAGACGAAAUUCCCAUUGAAGCUUUGCCCUCACACCCUCAUGCAUUGGCUCCAUCAUACUUGGAGUCGGUGGAUCUUGAAGUCAGCUUUCUGCGAAAAGGCCUGGAGGUCGAUGAACAGUACUCUGCGGAUGAGAUGACUAAGAAUUUCAUGAAAGCUUGUAGUGGCAUCAUAUUCGCGCCAGAUGAAGUCCUUACAUUCGACUUUCAUGGCCAAAAGCUCAAAUUGGUGGUAAGGGCUGUAGGACUACUGGAGCUUGCGGAUGAGCAGCAAAGGGGCGCCUCAAGAGGUGGUUCUUCUCGGUUACCACCUAUGGGCAUUUUAAUGGAUAAGACCGACGUCACGUUUAUGAAAGCUGGAGAUAGUCUGAUUAAAAUACGAUCAAGUGCUAAAAAGGCAGCGCCAAAUGCAAUCCUGGCACCCAACUUCAAGUUCGAAGAUAUGGGUAUCGGUGGUCUAGACUCCGAGUUCAGCUCCAUAUUCCGUCGUGCUUUCGCCUCUCGCGUCUUUCCUCCUACACUGGUUGAGAAAUUGGGGAUACAGCACGUGAAAGGUAUCCUGUUGCAUGGACCUCCCGGAACGGGAAAGACCCUUCUUGCACGGCAAAUUGGUAAAAUGCUCAACGCCCGCGAACCAAAGAUCGUCAACGGCCCGGAAAUCCUGAACAAAUAUGUUGGUGCAUCCGAAGAAAACAUUAGAAAGCUCUUUGGUGAUGCAGAAAAAGAGUAUAAGGAAAAGGGUGAUGAGAGUGGCCUACACAUUAUCAUAUUCGACGAGUUAGAUGCCAUCUUCAAGCAGCGUGGCUCUAGCAAUAAUGGGACUGGUGUGGGUGACAGCGUUGUCAACCAGCUUCUUUCCAAGAUGGAUGGUGUAGAUCAAUUGAACAAUAUCCUCAUCAUUGGUAUGACUAAUCGUCUUGACAUGAUCGACGAGGCGCUCUUGCGUCCAGGUCGUCUUGAGGUGCAUAUGGAAAUUUCCCUUCCGGAUGAAAAGGGACGGUCCCAAAUAUUCAACAUUCAUACCUCGAAGAUGCGCCACAACGGCGUCAUGGAUUUAGAUGUGGAUCUGGAAGAACUCGCAGGCUUGACGAAGAACUUUUCGGGUGCCGAAAUUGGAGGAUUGAUCAAGAGCGCAACCAGUUUUGCGUUCAACCGGCACGUUAAGGUCGGAACGAUGGCAGGAAUUUCUGAAGAUGUAGAGAAUCUCCGCGUAAACAGAGGAGACUUCAUGAAUGCACUUGAGGAAGUACAUCCUGCAUUUGGUGUCUCGGAAGAGGAGCUCCAACAGGUUGUUCAAAACGGCAUUAUUCGCUACGACGCCGUCGUCGAUGAACUCCUUCGUACUGGUCAGCUAUUCGUUGAACAAGUCCGGACCUCCACUCGAACGCCUUUGGUCAGCAUACUUUUGCAUGGACCUCCAGGAUCAGGCAAAACUGCACUAGGAGCAACUAUUGCUCAGCUUUCUCAAUACCCUUUUAUCAAACUUAUCACACCCGACAACAUGGUAGGAUUCUCGGAGUCCCAGAAAGUUGCAGCUAUCAGCAAGGUCUUUUCAGAUAGUUACAAAAGUCCCCUUAGUGUGAUAGUGGUAGAUAACUUAGAGCGAUUGUUAGAAUGGACACCAAUUGGGCCCAGGUUCUCUAAUGCUGUAUUACAAACUCUGAUGGUACUGUUUGCUCGGAGGCCACCCAAAGGACGUCGACUCCUGGUCAUCGCUACAUCGUCUUUACGACCUGUCCUUACAGAAAUAGGUCUUUCAGAGUCUUUCGACUCGGAGCUUCGUGUGCCACCGAUUGCUACCCUUCGGGCUCUGGAAAAUGUGCUUCACGCAGUACAGCUUUUCCAUACAAGCGAGGAAGCGAAUAAUGCCAGGCGCUUGUUGUCUCAAGCAGGCUUUGCUUCCGACGAAGCGGACGAGACAUCGGCAACUUUGCACAUAGGCAUAAAGAAGUUGUUGAGCAUCAUCGAGAUGGCCAGGCAGGAACCGGACAAUAUGGCUGAGAGGCUGACGGGUGCCCUGAUGGGGCUUGGAAUGUAGUACUAUAUGGACUGUAUCACAUAGAUGGGUCUACUGGAAUAUUCUACUGUUUUAUCUUCUUC